AGAACCUGUCAAGUUGCCCUAAUGGUAGGUAGCAGCCACUUUUGAAUGUUUUCCUCUCCUCUUUUGCUAAAUAUCGCAAUAUCUUCAGACGAAAGUUGCAUAUACUCUGUAAAUUUGUUAUAAUUCUUCCUUUCUGCUUUGGAAAAUAUAUAGUACCUUGGGCAAACCAUGGGGAACCUGUGCUCGAUCUCAGUCUCCAUUGAGGACAUAGUUGCCUCCUUCUGGGGUUGCACUUGCAGGCCAGCCAACUACAUAUGUAAACUUGAAGAAAAUCAGUUGGCUUUGAGAAUUGCACUCAAAAAACUGAUCGAGUUAAGGAAUGAUGUGAAAAGGAAGGUUGAUCUUGCUGAGCGACAACAAAUGAAGCCGCUGGAUCAGGUGCAAGGGUGGCUCUCAAGGGUGGAAGCCCUGGAAACUGCAUUCAGUGAAAUGAGAGGAAGUGCUGCAAUGGAGGCAAACCGUCUUGGCAGUUACCGUAUCAAGGGUUUUAUGUCCAGGUACAAGUUGGGAAAGAAAGUGGCCACAAAGCUAGAGGAAGUGGCGACUCUAAGGAGAGAAGGACGUUUCGAUGUGGUGGCUGACAGGUCACCGCCAACUCCAGUGAACUUAAGGCCCAGCGGACCCACUGUAGGCUUGGAAUCAAAGUUUGAAGAGGUAUGGGGCUGUCUUGGGGAAGGAGUGUGGAUCAUUGGCUUAUAUGGGUUGGGAGGUGUUGGGAAGACCACUCUAAUGACCCAAAUCAACAAUGCCUUGUAUAAAACAACUCAUGAUUUUGAUGUCGUCAUCUGGGCUGUCGUCUCUAGUGAUCCAGAUCCUAGGAAAGUUCAGGAUGAGAUUUGGAAAAAAAUUGGGUUUUGUGAUGAUAUUUGGAAAAAUAAAAGUCAGGAUGAUAAAGCUAUUGAGAUUUUCCAAAUCUUGAAUAAAAAGAAGUUUGUGCUGUUUUUGGAUGAUAUAUGGAAAUGGUUUGAUAUCUUGAGGGUGGGAGUCCCAUUUCCAGACCAGGAAAAUAAAUCCAAGAUAGUAUUUACAACGAGAUCUGAGGAGGUGUGCUGCAGCAUGGGGGCUCAGAAGAUCAUCAAAGUAGAAUGUUUGGCGUGGGGGAGAGCCUGGGAUCUGUUCCGGAGCAAAGUGGGAGAAGACACCAUUAAUUUUCAUCCUGACAUACCUCAGCUUGCUAAAACCGUUGCAAAUGAGUGCGGAGGUUUGCCGCUUGCGCUAAUUACCAUAGGUAGGGCUAUGGCUUGCAAGAGGACACCCAGGGAAUGGAACCAUGCCAUCAAAGUGUUACAUAACUCUGCUUCAAAUUUUCCAGGUAUGCCAGAAGAUGUGCUUCCGCUUUUAAAAUGCAGUUAUGAUAGUUUGCCUAAUGAUAUAGCCAGAACUUGCUUCUUAUAUUGUUCCUUAUACCCCGACGAUAGAUUGAUUUAUAAAGAAGAUUUGGUAGAUAAUUGGAUUGGCGAGGGGUUUAUAGAUGUAUUUGAUCAUCACAGAGAUGGAUCUCGAUCGGAGGGAUACAUGAUUAUUGGUACACUUAUUCGUGCAUGUUUAUUGGAGGAGUGUGGUGAAUAUUUUGUUAAAAUGCAUGAUGUGAUCCGUGAUAUGGCAUUAUGGAUAGCUUCCGAAUUCGGGAGAGCCAAGGAAAAGUUUGUGGUGCAAGUGGGUGCUUCGUUGACCCAUGUUCCCGAGGUUGCUGGAUGGACGGGAGCCAAAAGAAUUUCAUUGAUUAAUAACCAAAUUGAGAAGCUCUCAGGAGUUCCUAGAUGCCCUAAUCUUUCAACUUUGUUUCUUGGCGUUAACAGUUUGAAGGUCAUAAAUGGGGCCUUCUUUCAAUUUAUGCCCACUCUAAGGGUUUUGAGCUUUGCACAAAAUGCCGGAAUUACUGAGUUGCCGCAGGAAAUUUGCAAUUUGGUCUCAUUACAGUAUCUCGAUUUUUCAUUUACAAGCGUAAGAGAGUUGCCCAUUGAGCUUAAGAACCUGGUAAGAUUGAAGAGCCUCAACAUAAAUGGCACAGAAGCACUUGAUGUAAUUCCUAAGGGUUUAAUAUCAAGUCUUUCGACUUUGAAAGUGUUGAAAAUGGCCUACUGUGGUUCUUCUCAUGAUGGAAUAACAGAAGAGAAUGUUUUAUCCGGUGGUAAUGAAACUUUGGUAGAGGAAUUGGAGUUAUUGAUGCACUUGGGUAAUUUAAGUAUCACCUUAAAAAGUGGCUCUGCUCUCAAAAAGUUUCUGUCAGGCAAAUCCUGGAGCUACACUCGAGUUUUAUGCUUCAAAAUCUUCAAUGAUUCAAGCUCUAUCAAUAUAUCAUUUCUAGAAGAUAUGAAGAAUCUCGAUAUCAUUUUCAUCGGUCAUUGUAGUAUUCUUGAAGAUUUGAAGGUAGACUGGAUGAGGUACAGAAAGGAGACAGUAGCACCGCAUGGCCUCCACAAAUGCUUCCACAGCCUUCACACGGUAGAGGUUGAUAGGUGCCCGAUGUUGAAGGACCUAACAUGGCUUAUUUUUGCUCCAAAUCUUAGGCAUCUUUUCAUUAUAAAUUGCAACAGUCUCACUGAAGUGAUACAUAGGGUAGCUGAGGCAGGGAAUGUGAGGGGAAUCCUGAGUCCAUUUUCAGAACUUGAACGACUAUAUUUAUCGGGUGUGCCGGAAUUGAAGAGUAUUUAUUGGAAUACUUUGCCCUUCCAUUGCUUGAAGCAAAUUCAUGCAAACGGUUGCCCAAAGCUGAAGAAGCUCCCACUUAAUUCUGAAUGUGACAAGGAAGGUGGAAUCAUCAUUUCUGGAGAGGAAGACUGGUGGAACAAGCUAGAAUGGGAGGAUGAAGCCACUCAACGUGCUUGUAUUCCCCAUUUAAGAUCUCAAUCAUAUUCAACUCCAAAACUCAGAGAUUUGCGCCACUGGUGGAUGACAUAUGGGAAUGGUUGGAUAUACUGAAGCUGAGGAUCCAAGUCCAGAUAAACCAAAUGAAUUCAAGGUGGGAUGCAGCAUCACAUCUGAAGACAUGCAUAUGGAGCCGAAUGACAGUUUAGAAGAAAUUCAAAGUAGAAUUUUUGGCAUCAAGCGGUUUCUGAGAUUUGCAUUUGAAGGGUCCAAGAAGUCCUGAUCAAAUAUUACCUAAUCUCCCUGAACUUGAUGCAAAACAGUUCUGCAGUUUGCCAUCAUCAUACUUCAGGCUGGGAAUGGAAUUAUGUGAACGCUCAUUCCAAUUUUUCAAAUACAAAUGAUCAUUUCUAUCCAA